CUAUCAAAAACGGGGAAAAUAAACUAAUGCCUCAAUUCACCCACCUUGUACCUUUUUGCACCAUGUCUUUUCAGUUUUCACCUUGUAUCUAUUACAUGAUAGGCUGAGACUGACUGAGCGAGUUUACAUAGUCGCAAGGUACGGUGAAAGAAUGGGUAUCAAGACCCAUGAAUUCAACUAGGGUACAUCGUCAUAACCCGGGAACUGACCUGACAUGAGAUUGGAGAUCCAACCCAAUAGCUCUAAGAUUUCAAUACUAUGAAAACCUGCUAGGACUUGGAAGACAUAAAGCUCUCCAAGCCCAGCUCAUUAGGAUCCUUUUGUUGUUACCAACCCACCUCCCUAUCUGCCAUUUUCAUACGAUCCGAGUUUGGUUACUUGGGUGAUCAGUCAAGAUGCGUUUCUCAACCGUGGUUUCGACUCUUGCAAUUGCAGGUGGAAUUGCAGAUGCUACUUUCCCUUCUGGAAGAAGCUUACAGCAUGUUGGAAGGAAGGAUAAGCAUGUGCAUAAAGCCAGACAGCCAAUUCCUAGGAAACCACAGCAAUACGAGAAAAGACAUGCGAAUAAAUUUUCAUAUUUGACCAAUUCUACUGCUAGUAAGUUUUACUUCUGAAUAGGUACAACUAUUGAAGGAAAAUUACUAAUUAUUUGUAGAAUUCAGUGUAAAUGGUACCGCAAUUCCAGAUGUCGAUUUUGAUGCUGGUGAAUCAUAUGCUGGUUUAUUGCCAAUUUCGAAAGAUGCAGAUGAAUCUAGACAAUUGUACUUCUGGUUCUAUCCUUCGACAAAUGAAUUAGCUUCUGAUGAAAUUCUCAUCUGGCUUAAUGGAGGUGUAAGUGACAGUAGCACAAUCUCCCCCCACUUAACUUUCAACUAAUCAUUCAAUUAGCCCGGUUGUUCAUCCCUCGAAGGAAUUAUUCAAGAAAACGGACCCUGGAUCUGGCAAUACGGAACCUACAAACCUGUUCCAAACCCCUGGACCUGGGUGAACCUCACCAACGUCGUUUGGGUCGAACAACCCGUCGGUACUGGAUUUUCUCAAGGAGUUCCUACUGCUACCAGCGAGGAAGAUGUCGCGGCACAGUUCCUCGGGUUCUGGGAGAAUUUCGUCGAUACUUUCGCUUUGCAAGGGCGAAAGGUAUACAUCACUGGUGAAUCUUAUGCGGGUUACUAUGUUCCGUAUAUUGCCGAUGCCAUGUUUAAUAAGAAUGAUACAUCUACUGUGAGUUAUCGAUGCAUUGGACAGGAGGUAUGCAUUUGAGCUAAUGAACGAUCAAAGUAUUACAACCUCGAGGCAACCAUGAUUUACGACCCCGCCACCACCUACAAUGCCAUCCACGAACAAAUCCCCGCCGUCCAAUUCGUCGAUUACUGGGGUGGUCUAUUCCCCUUCAACGAUACUUUCAAGGAGCAAAUCCACAACGUAUCCGAUUCCUGCGGUUACACUGAUUUCCUCUCCAAAUACCUCACCUACCCACCCCCAGGACCCCUCCCAUCCAUCCUCCCCGGCACGAGCGAAGAUGGAAUUUCCACCACCGACGAAUGCGACGUCUUCGACCUGAUCUACAACGAAAUCUUCAACCUAAACCCCUGCUGGGAUAUCUACCAAGUAGCCACCACCUGUCCCCAACUCUGGGACGUUCUCGGAUUUCCCGGCUCUAGCACCUAUCUCCCCGAAGGCGCCACCAUUUACUUCAACCGCACUGAUGUACAAAAAGCCAUUAACGCCCCCAUAAUGGAAUGGGAAUCCUGCUCCAAUAUCAACGUCUUCGUAAACGGAACCGACAACUCGGACCCAUCAGGACUCUCCGUCCUCCCCUCCGUGAUCGAACGCUCAAAACGAACCAUCAUCGGCCACGGCGCCUUAGACAUGGUCCUCAUCGCCAACGGCACCCUACUCAUGAUCCAAAACAUGACCUGGAACGGCGCGCAAGGAUUCCAAAGCAAACCCACCGAGCCCUUCUACGUACCGUACCACGACGACCUGUCCGCAUCCACACUUGCCGGGUCCGGAAUCAUGGGAACCACACACACGGAGAGAAAUCUCACGUUUGUGUAUGUGGAUUUGAGCGGUCAUAUGGUGCCACAAUAUGCGCCUAGUGCUUCAUAUCGCACGGUCGAGUAUCUUUUGGGGAGGAUCGAUAGUCUUUCUAGUACGGUGCCGUUUACCACGCAAGAAUAUGUGGCGCAGAGUGAUGCGCCGAUGGAUAAUGGAACUGCGCCUCCGAUUAAGAGACAGCUUGGGAGUAUGGAAUUUUAGGGUCGAGAAGUCGAGAAGUCGAGAUAAAGAUAAAGAUAUAAAUAUGAGUAUAAAAUGACUCUGACUUCCCUGGAGAGAAAAGUAAUUGCUGGAUGAGGAGGAAAUGGAAAUGGAGUGAGAUGAUAAUGUUGUGUAUGAUAAUAAAAUGAACAUAUGAUACUACCUAUCGAGGUAUCCAACUACUUGAAUUG